AUGCUGUCCUCAGGGGUCCCUUGGGCUCAGGUGGGUGGCUCCCCGUGUCCAGUGAGGGUGGACACCCCACCUUCUGGGCCAGUGAGGGUCCGGGCUCUGAGCCUGGAGCACCCACCCAACCCCCAGCCUCCCCCGUGUGGGCAGUGGAGCUCCAGGGACCCGCUCUCGGUACCCCCGCGCAUCCCGGGAGGCCACAUCCCCCCCGUCACACGUCACACCCACUUCACCCCGUUCACCACUCCGUGUCGGAGGUCAGACCCGCCCAAGUCCCCAAGCCUGACCGGGGCACCUUUACCCAAGAGACGGUCCCCCGUGAAGCUGCCCCCCUCAGAAGCACCGAGGCUGCCGGACCCUUUGCUGUCAGGUGCCCCAGCCCUGGCAGACCCACCUCCUACGGGGUUUGGGGAACGGAGGCCCAGGCAGCAGUGGACGUGGCAGUGGGCCACUGUCCCUCCCGCACACCCUGCCAGCAGAGCCUGCCCCAGCUCUGAGGAUCCCAAAACCCCUCCCUCCUUCGGGUCCAUCUGUACCUCCAGUCAGACACCUCAAAGCGGCCACCUGCAGUUUGGGGGCUUUGACUCAUCUCACGGGGCCCCCAGGAGUGGCCCAACAGGGUGCCCUGCUUCGAGCAGUCUGGCAGUGCCCAGGGCAGGGGGUGACAUGACAGUCCUCGUGCAUCUCAUGGCUACAAACCCCGCCGCACAGCGUGUGACACGCGGCAUGGCUGCAAACCACGAACACUGUGUUGAUAAGAGCAGCCGGUCCAGGUGCGGCCUGGGGGCCCGAGGUGCCGACGCCUGA